AUGGGAAUUACAGUAGCAGGCAUGGAUUUCCUAAGCGAUAGAGCAACAAUGAUGAGAGAAGCUCUUCAAAAGAGCCAAACAAUCAUGGGAAAAGAAGCUGGUUUAUUCGUUUCAUCAAGCACAAUGGGUAACCUCAUUAGUGUUCUUGUUCACUAUGAUAUAAGCGGAAGUGAGGUCAUUCUUGGAGACAAUUCUCAUUUAAAUAUUUAUGAGAAUAGUGGAAUUUCAACCAUUAGAGGUGUUCAUCCUAGGCCAGUGAAGAACAAUCAUGAUGGAACUAUAGACAUCAAUUCCAUUAAAGCCACCAUUAGAGAUCGGAGAGAAGCGAUUGUUUACCCAACUACGAGGCUGGUUUGCUUGGAGAAUUCACAUGCAAACACCAGGGAUAGAGGUUUGUUUGUAGAAUACAUAGACAAAGUUGGUGAGCUAACUAAGAAGCACGACUUGAGGCUUCACGUUGAUGGGGCUAGAAUUUUCAAUGAUCUGUGCGGAUUUUACCUUGGAAUCACAAAGACUCGCUUUGUUUCAUCUUUGGAAAAAAUGAGAACAAUCUUAAUUGAAGAGUCUGAAAAAGGCAUUGAAGUGAAUGGACGUCAAAUUUUAGAGAAGGUUUUAAAUUCAAAAUAUGGUUACAUUCGUGGACUUGGUUAUGAAGCAAAGCCAAGUAGUUCCAAAAAAUUGGAAUUGAAAUCUGCUUUAGAUGCUGAAAGCUUUGAUUCAAGCAGUGGAGAUGCAAGUAAACAUUUGCCUACAUCAGACAUAUAUUUGUUCUCUCUCGGUGAAAGCAUUGGCAACAAACCUUAUGGAAGCUUGGUAGCAAGGAAAUCAAAGCAUGACAGCUUACAACCAGCUAAAAGCAAAGGAAAUGAAGCUCACAUAUCAAAAGGAAGCUCAAAGCUUAAGGAUAUUAGCUCAAGGAUAGCUAAAGGAGCUGAAUGGGAGCUAAAGGUAGUUGGAGAGCAGCUGAGGAUCUAG